CAAUUUAUUAUUGCAUUAAUGCAAUUUUUGAAAUUGUAUAGAAAUAAAAUUAAUUUAAGUGAGAAAGGAUAAAUUUGGAUAGUCAAAAUUGGUUUUGAUUAUUACAUUUAGGGAUAUUUGCGGCAAUAAUGCCUAUGUAGUUCAGUUUAUUGCACUUAAAUGCCUAUGUAAAAUUUUUGACGGCAAUAAUGCCUACCGUUACGAUUUUAGAGCAGCCGUUGGUCCCUGGGCCGUUAGGGGUAUAUUUGAUACACGUGUCACGACCCGAUUGGGUUAAAUUAUUAAAAUUUAAAAACAAAAACAAUUAAUGGUUCAGGUUUCUAAUUAAAAACAAAAAAAAACUAACCUUCAUUAAUUAAUUUAACAAGAAAAACCGAUUGUCUAAAACCAAGUUCUAAAACUAAUCUAAAACAAAAAAAAACUCAAAACUCCAUACCCAGAAAAACGAUGAAGAUGAAGCUUUCCCCCCGACCACACCUAGACGAUCCACCCCCGACAGUGUAGCACGUGAACCCAGUAGAAGAAAACUUGUAAUUCCUUCGAAUUGGGGGUUAGGGCAUCUUUUGCAUCGGGUUAAUGGAGAACGGAAAAAAUUGCCAUUGUCGACCACCAAGGCCAGUGGUAGAAAAAACGGCUUGGACAAACAAAAAUCCUGGGCGAAGAUUCAGAACAUGCAACAAGUAUCGGAUUCAUGGUGGGUGUAAUUUCUUUGAAUGGAUAGACCCUCCAAUGUGCCAUCGAGCAAAGGUGGUCAUCCCUGGACUACUAAGAAAAAUUGGUGACCUUGAAACUGAAAUCACAUCCCUAAGUACGACAACUGACAUUGGAAUUCAUCGGCAAUGCAGUGGUUCUUCAAAUGGAUUUGAGACACAAUCUCACAACCUUCAAAAUGUUGGAAGAGAAAGCUGUGAAAGUUGUGCUGAAAGCAGGGGUAGAGUAAAUGAUGGAGGUCGAAUGCAGUGUUACUACUUUUUGAAUACUAUGUAUUUUGCUGUAAUUCUAUUGGUUGUGGUUAUUUGGGCUACAAAAUCAAAGUAGAAGUUGUUGGUAUUGUUAGUUUAUUUUUGGGUAAUCUUCAUGUGCAGUAUUGACAAUGACAAAGCUAUUGCACCCUAGGCAUUGAUUUGUAAUGAAUUUUGUUGUAAAAUGAAACCCCAAAUCAAUGUAAUCUAUCUUGGUCUAUUUUGAAUUCAGUGUUCUAGUUUAUGUAUUUUGUG